AUACCUGCCUCUCUUAUAUUUAAUGGUUCAUAUAUCACACAAAAGGAUCCUCUCCUCUGGCUGAUAUGCAUUACAGGAUCUUAUAAUUUUACUUGUGUAAAUAUAAACAGCUUUUCUUCCUUGUCACAGUUUUAUGAGUACUAUGUAAACGUGUUAAGGCUGUUGAAGAUACAGGCAUGGAAAUUGUAUAUGCUGAACUUGUUUUCGACGAGGGCUCAAAGAACUCGUCCCACACAGCAUUCUGUGUGUUCGAGGAUUUCAGUGAUGAGAAAAAACGACAAUCUAUUUCCAGUGGAGAAAUCAACAUGUUAGACAAAACGGCGCAACGCCUUUCAUCAAUUUCCACCUCGUCGGACAUGAGCAUUCAAACAUUUGUGGAAAUGGAAGAGGAACAAGAUAUGGAAGAAUGUGUUCAUUUUCUAAAUGAAAAAUGGAAGGAAGACGAUCAUGAUACUUGCACUUAUAUCUGUUCAGGAAUUACGGAAACGGGGGAUGGAAAAAUCAUCAUCACGACCAAGAGCGGAGAAAUCGCUUUAUAUGGAGCUUCUGGAAAGUUGCUCUCUUUGAAGGAAUUCUCAGAAAAUUUUGAAGGUCUAACACGGACAUCCAAAGAUGAAAUUGCUGUCUCUUGUGGCCACUGUAUAAGGUUCUAUAAAGUGGAGAAGAGCAAAGUACACGAAGAAGCUAAAAAAUGCAUUGACUUUAAAUACACUGAUAUGGUGAAAGUACAUGAUAUGCAUUACAGUGACCAAAGUUUUAUAAUUCUUUGCAAAAUAUUCUCCCAAAGUUCGAUAAAAAGGAUAGACAUGACUGGGAAUACUCUACAACUGUUUUAUCAAACAUCGGAUUGUGUUGACAGUUUCUGCUAUUUUGGGGAAACACUUUUCGUCAUUGAUAAAGAUCAGAGAAAAAUAAAGGCCAUUAAACAAAAUGGUGACCUUAGCUGGGAGCUAACACUUGAUUAUUCACCACGACAUUUGACUAUUGCUGGGGAGGACAGGGUCGUCGUUUCUUUACAUGCAAGACCAGAUCUAAAGUGUUUGACCUUGACCGGGUCUAUUUUGAGCUCAGUCGACACUGGCCUUGACCCCUCUCAGACGCCAUUGCUUCUGUGUUAUUCUUCCGAGUCAAAGUCGAUAUAUUUCUGCCCAGAAGACAUCAAGAAGAUAAAAUCUUCGAAGAAGAACGCAUUUUCAAAAAUUAUUUCGUCUACAAAGUUGGAUUAAAGUUUUAUUUAAAAAGAAAUUUGAAUGAGUACUUCCUUGCAAGUGAAUGUUUGUGUAUGUAGUGCAUUUUGAGAAGAGAAUUUCCUUUAGAUGAUAUAAAUUCUUCCUCUUCGGCACUUUUCCUUCUUUGUUUGACAAGAUUUAUCCUGAAUGCACAAUUACUGUCGUAUGUAUCAGUGUUAUAGACACAAUAAAGUGUGCAAAUAAAUUGCUAAAUUUGGCGCUGUUUGAAGGUGAAAUUGAUGAUUCAUUUUAAAUGUAUUUAUAAUGUCUGUAGGGGAAAAUCAGAUUGUAAAAUAUAGACAUUUAUCUUCAUGAUAGUUAUCAACUAAAUUCGUAUUUUAAUAUAUAAAGUAAGUUUUCCUAAGAACAAAAAGAAAAUGUUGACUAUCUCCAUCGUAAGAGAAAAUACUGUAUAAGGAAGAAAAUUGUGGCAUUUUUAUUCCUAUCCCUCUGCUUUUUUUUUAUAUUAACUUCCGUAUGUUAAAGAUAUCUGUUUACAUAAUAAGUUUCCUCUGUGUAUAGUAAAUAUGUGUGUCUGUUUU